GAGGGAGGGAGAUUUUUGCACAGCUUGUCCACCUUGUUAUUCCUGUGCCAGCUACAGCAUGCAUGUCUGUCUAUCUGUUGAUUUGUGGCUUCGUGUCUGAAUGCACGUCACACUUUGAACUGCUCCUCGUCUCAUCCAGCACCGAACCGAGAGGACUCAGCAGCCAGCCUUCAUUCUGGAGGGAAAGGCCCCAGUCGAGUCCAGCGGGGGGGAUGGAGGAGGUGGAGGAGGAGGAGGCGGAGGAGGUGGAGGGGAGGCCGGAUCCCUCAGCCCCGGCCCUGCCGCUCUGCCUCUGACCCAGGUAGAGAGCCCGGGGGCCUGGCAGAGCGAGAGCCUGCUGGCGGAGUCCUGGUCCACGAUGGGCGACGUGGACCCCGAGGACACGAAGAGCCUCGACAGCAACGACGGGGCGGUUCUGACCGGAGAGGAGAACCACUCCUCCAACUCCGACAUGGUCCACCUGGAGCGGGAGGAGGCCGAGAUGCUCGAGGAGGCGGAGAAGGCGGCUAAAGAAGAGGAGAGGGUGAGGAAAGCGGAGGAGGAGGACGACGAAGAGGACGAGGAGCUGCAGACGAGCGUGAUGAGCGUGUUGGGCGGGGAGAGGGAGCUGCUGGAGCUCAAGGAGGAGGAGCAGGACCUUCAGGCCCCAGAAACUAAGGAGCUCCUGGUGUCGGCGGAGGAACCUCGCGUGGAGAAGGCGCCCGCAGAGUUCAGGCAGGUUGUCCCCCCGAUGGCCCUGCCUCCUCUCCCUAUCCUCAAGCUCGAGCCCCCUUCUGCUACAACCACCCCCGUCCCUUCAACCACAACCUCUGAAGUAGAGGAGCUUUAUUCCACUCAGGGCCUCCACCCUCCUUCUAUCCUCGCGCCGGUGGUAGCAGAUCCUCUAGCGGCGAGCCUGGAGCAGCUUAAAUUCUCACAGAUUCCCCUGUCGGACGUGGACGAACAUUCAGUUAAAGGGAAGCUGGAGCCACAGCCAGCUGCGCCCAAGACCAAACCUCUGAGCUCCACCGAGCUGCUGUGCGGAGGCGCUGCUUUAGUAGCUGUCGUGGGAGUAGUGGCCUACGGCGCCGUGGUCUACUGCAAAAAGUAGAAAACCUCUCGUUGAAACCCCAGGCAACCUUUCAGCGCAGGUCUUUUCUGUUUCAAGUCCUAUUCCGAAUGAAAUAUUCCAUUUCACUCUCUGAAUUGUGGAUUUUAGUCUCCGACAACUCUCUUUGAAUUGUAAUUAUUAUCAUCACACACAUUAAUUAGAUAUUUGUUCCAAUUUGUUUUUGUGCUACCUCAGCUCACAGCAGAGCUCAUGGCCUUUGUUUUUCUGUUUGAUCCCUGAGGAACCGUAGCCAGUAAAAUGUAAACCUGGAGUGUAAAACUCAAGUCAUGUAUGAUGUUAAAAAAAAAAAAAAAUGUUGAUA